AUGUCUCACGAAGGCACGAGGCAAGCCCGAGACCGUGGGGCGACUCGAUCCAAGGCGGAGAAGGCAAGGCCGCCCACCGUGCCCGUGCCGCAGGUGGAGAUCGUGCCGGGGCGGCUCAACGAGGCCGAGUGGAUCGCGCUCACGGCCCUUGAGGAGGGCGAGGACGUGGUGGGGGAUAUCUUGGCCGACCUGCUAACUCGAGUCUUGGACUCCGCCUUCAAAGUCUAUCUGAACCAGCAGUGCGUUCCAUUCAUCAUCAGCCAGGCCAAGGAGGCCAUGCUGCAGAUCACCGAGUGGCGCUUCCUGGUCCGGGACGAGGGCGAGUCGGCCGUGGCUGAGAACCCCACCUGGAGCGAGGACCAGGAGACCUCGGAGUGCACGAUCGAUGCCUGGGCUCAGGGCUCCGUGCCGGUGCUGCAAGCGUCCGCCCCGGAAGGCCAAGAUGCCGGGAAUCUGGACCAGGUGUUGGGAAGACCGCCUGAGCUUAGCGUCUCCCAGGAGCCGCGGGAAUCCUCGGAGCAUUCUGCGGAGCUGACAGCCUCCCCGGGCCUCCAGCCCACCCCGGGGCCGCUUCUGGAGGCAGGGCCCGAGGACACUCUGGAGGAGUCCUUCGCCCUGGAGACCUUCCAUCUCUUCUCUCCCGGGUCCUUGAAUGAGAGCGUGUCCGUGGAGGUGGGCCCUGCCGACCUGGGCCUGGAGCAGCCCCCCGGGGCCACUCCCGAGAAGGGCCUACCCCUCAGCCCCUCCCCGGUGCUGGAGGACCUCCACUAUGACCUGCCCCCGCCGGACGCGGCUGGGGACCGCCUGCAGUACGGGCCCGACAGCAUACCCUGCCCGACCCCAGCCUCCUCGGGGCCCUCGCCCUCCGCAGAGGGCCCCAGAAAGCCCAGCCCCGCGGCCUCCUUCCAGCUGCCGCAGCUUGUGGGGCCGGAUGCCUCUUACCACAGGAUGGGCUACCAGGCAGCCUUGAAGCGCUUGAACCCCACCAAGCUUCCCUGCCCCUGGGUGCAUCCGCUAGCAGAGAUCCUGGUCUCCGACUCCCAGGCGCACCCUCACCCCCUGGACGUCUACCAUGGGCGUCGGCGGGGCAAAAGGAUCCAGAUCCAGGCCAAGCCCCAACCCCCUGAAACCCCCACCGACCCCACCCUCUAUGAACCCCGGGCAGUGAGCUUUCCUUUCCAACCUAGGGCUCCUGUCAGUCCCCUGGCCCCAGACCCCAGAUUCCGAUGUCCCAAUUUAAAAUUGGACCUACCAGCACCAUCCUUUGGGUCAAAGUUGCCAUUCCCCAGCUCUGGGCUCCGUUUUGUCCUGAAACACCCGGCGCUUUCUGAUGUCACCCACAGUGCCAGCCCCAAACUAUGGCCUGGGGCCCAGUGGCCCAGUGGCUGGGAAGGGGAAGCACAGCUUCUGGGCAAGAUGUGGGCUGACCGUACUCAAGUGGUUCCUCGGAUCCUGAGAUCUCUUGAAAAGGAAGACCAGGGUUCUGGAGAGCCCGAAAUAACCCCCCCUGUCCUUGAGGCCACCUCUCAGGUGAUGUGGAAGCCCAUGAUUCUGUCAGAAGACAUAAAACUGGCUCCUGGUGUAAGAAUGUGGAACUACAGCACCCAAGGGCUGCCCAGCUGUUGUGUGCCCUUGGAGGAGGACACCUCUCCUUCAGGUCAUCGGUGCCCCAUCCAGACGGGUUUGCCCAAGCAACGAAUGACUGAGACUCAGCCAACGAAGUCCACAGCUCCCAAAGUAUGGUUGCUCCCAUCCAAGAAUGAGCCUUCCUCUCAGUCCUGA